AUGUCUGACAUUCAACAACGCAUUGACCAACUCGAAAAGUUAGUUGAAAAGCAGGGUGCUUUGCUUGCCAAAACUGGUCAGCAAUUAGUGCAGUUACAGGUUCUGGACGUCAAGGCGAGAAUGAAGCUGAUUGAUGACGUUCAACGCCAAUUGAACCCCCAAGACAAGCUGAAAGGGGUUGAUGACCUCGACUUGACUGACUACGUCACUAACGAAGAUCUUAUUCAAAUGGUCGGUGAGUUGCAGGGCCAGUUGGAUGGUAUCGAGGACCGAAGCAUCAGACGCGUGUACAACCUGACUACCAAAGGUAGCAUUGCUCCCUUGUCCAACCGUGAUGGUGAACAACCGACAGAAGAUCUUUUGGGCUUCAAGUUUCCUGCCACAGUGGCUGAAUUUGAAAAGUUGCCCAAAAUUGAUAUCAUUCAAUUGGCACUUUUCUAUGAAGUACUUGUUCCUGAUACUCGUCUUGAGUCCUUAGCACAGGCUGCUAAGCUGGAUGACCCCGAGGCUGUGAAGAAAGCAUUGGAGGAGAAGACGCUGGCGCUGGCCUUGCUGAAAAUUCAUGACCUGAUCAGCGACGCUGACUUGAAGGCUGCCUUCGAUGACGUUGCCCGUUACUUGGGUUUGCCGGUUCGCAAAGGUGAACCAAAUCAAUUCUAA